AUGUCUCAGUACCAUACUCGAACGCCCUCCGGGCAUCCAGACCAAAGGCCGGGAGGGCCCCCAGGACCACCCGGUACUACUGUCCCUCUCAAUUUUGAAACCCACGAAAUCCCGCCGUCAGAGCGUCUGCAAAUCCCAGAAGUGCGGAUUAAACGCGCCGGGUCCGCCGAUCCCCGAGAAUACGGGCCACAAGACCAUCAAAUCCAACAUCAAGGUCCUCCAGUUCAUGGUCAAGGUCAGCCUCCGGCGGCUUUUCAAAACGACGCCUUUUUCAACGAGCGGAUCACGAUUCCUCGACCCGUCGCGAUGAACGAACAAGAGCAUUUUGCCACAGAAGAAUUUGAUAAUAAGGAUCGAGGAGAUUUGGAUGAGGAAGAGCAUUCGUACGACAAACAGGUACGGCAUUCGCACUUCCGCUCCGGCUCAUUGCCCGCGAAGCGUUUCGGCGAACGAUCUUUGUUUGCGGAUCGUUCGCUCUACGAUGAGAGAGCGGAAGUGGCGCAGAGAGGCGGCGGAUAUCAUUAUCGAUGGAAUUAUCAUCAUGGCCCGGAAAGAAGAGAGGCUCUGCCGCAAUACGAUCACAGAGAAUUGGCCAAUGAACCCUGGAGAGAGUAUGAACAGAGGAGAGAAGCCGCGAAUGCUGAGCGAUUCAGAAGCGAGCAGGCUUACAGGGAGGAGCAACAGAGAAGGGAAGAGGAGGAGAGGAGAAGAUUCGGUGCUAGUCAUCAGAGAAGUCAUGCUUACAGAUCGAGCAGUGUGGGACCUGUUGGAGGAGCUGGUAAGAGAAUUAACAAGUUUUAACUUGGCCGCACUUUUGCCGGCACUUGAUAUAUAAUAUAAUAGAAGAGAUGCUUUAUAUGGGUUUUUAGAUUGGCAUUUUUUCGAUAGUUCAGAAUGUUAUAAUAACGAUCGUUUUAAUCCAACUCUUUCCAGGAGAGCGCUACGGCUAUGAAGAGCACUACAGUGGUGGAAUCGGUUCCAACUACGUCCGUCCAGAAUACACUUCCACCCUGCGGCGAGACGCCCGUCAACAACAACAGCAGCGCUCCUCUCAUCAUCAAAGCCGCCAAGCGGGCGGUGGCUCCUCCGGCUGGGCCUAUUCGUCUUGGGGAAAUCGAGGAGGGCCUUACAAAGAACAACGUUACCGGAAAAUCCGCUGUUGUUGCUUCAGCUUCUACUGGCCACCAUGGGGCUAUGAGGAGGCCGAACCCCCAAGGCCAUUGUAUCCCAGUAACAACAAGGCAGUUGGACCACCACCGCCUGCUCAUCUUGGCCCACCUCCACCGUUGGAGGAGUAUCCACCAGGCCCACAGAAACGUCCGUAUUGA